GCAGUUGCCUCUGGGUUUUGCAGUUUCCAGAUUUCCUCAGCCCCCCCAAGGAGCCAGCAUGGACAAUCUCCUUCCUAGUUUCAAAAGCAGGUUUGUUGUCCUGAAGGUCACAUUCUGAGCUGAGGAGUGUAAAGGUAACCACUUGUUUUUUGUUUCAAAGAUCUGCCCCAAAGAUAGGCUGUUGCUCUUCUUCUGGAAAGCCUGAUCGGUAGGAUUCCUUCAGGGACUCAGCCCAAAGUGCUUCCUCCCUCAUUCCCUCACCAACUUCAAAACUAAAGCUUGCCUAGAACCUCUGGACGAAAACCGGCUGGAUUCCAUCAUUUCACACAAAUGGCUAAUCCUGGAGGUGGUGCUGUCUGCAAUGGGAAUCUGCACAAUCACAGGAAACAGAGCGACAGCCUGCAAAGUGGAAACUGCACGAAAAAUGGAAUAGUGAAAGAAGCCCAGCAAAAUGGGAAACCACAUUUUUACGAUAAGCCAAUUGUUGAAUCCUUUGAGGAAGCACCUCUUCAUGUUAUGGUUUUCACUUACUUGGGAUAUGGACUUGGAACCCUAUUUGGCUAUUUCAGAGACUUUCUGAGGAACUGCGGAAUAGAAAAGUGCAACGCAGCCGUAGAACGAGAAGAACAAAAAGAUUUUGUGCCGCUUUAUCAAAACUUUGAGAACUUUUACACGCGGAACCUGUACAUGAGAAUCAGAGACAACUGGAACCGGCCCAUCUGCAGCGCCCCGUCGGCUCUGUUCGAUGUGAUGGAGAGGGUGUCAGAUGACUACAACUGGACAUUUCGGUUUACUGGAAGAAUCAUUAAAGAUGUGAUCAACAUGGGCUCAUAUAACUUCCUUGGCCUGGCUGCCAGUUAUGAUGAAUCUAUGAAGACGGUAAAGGAUGUUUUAGAGCAAUAUGGCUUAGGUGUAGCCAGCACCAGACAUGAAAUGGGAAGUUUGGAUAAACACAAAGAGUUGGAGAACCUUGUGGCUGAGUUCCUGAAUGUAGAAGCAGCUAUGGUCUUUGGGAUGGGAUUUGCAACUAACUCAAUGAAUAUCCCAGCACUAGUUGGAAAGGGAUGCCUCAUUUUAAGUGAUGAGUUAAACCAUGCAUCUCUCGUACUCGGGGCCCGACUCUCAGGUGCAACCAUAAGGAUCUUCAAACACAACAACAUGCAAAGCCUAGAGAAGCUCCUGAGAGAUGCUGUAAUCUAUGGCCAGCCUCGAAUCCGCAGAGCUUGGAAGAAGAUUCUCAUCCUAGUUGAGGGCAUCUACAGCAUGGAAGGUUCCAUCGUGAAUCUGCCUCAGAUCGUGGCUCUAAAGAAGAAAUACAAGGCUUACCUCUACAUAGACGAAGCUCACAGUAUUGGGUCCGUGGGCCCAACUGGCCGGGGUGUUGUAGAAUUCUUUGGACUGGACCCUCGAGAUGUUGAUGUGUUUAUGGGCACAUUCACCAAAAGCUUUGGAGCCUCAGGAGGUUACAUAGCUGGAAGGAAGGACCUUGUGGAUUAUUUACGAGUUCACUCACAUAGUGCUGCUUAUGCUACAUCCAUGAGCCCACCGAUAGCAGAGCAAAUCAUCAGAUCAAUGAAAUUUAUCAUGGGACUGGAUGGAACCACACAAGGGCUUCAGAGAGUACGGCAACUUGCAAAAAAUACAAGAUACUUCAGACAGAGACUGAACGAAAUGGGAUUCAUUAUCUAUGGCAAUGAGGAAUCUCCCGUCGUUCCCCUGCUCCUUUACAUGCCUGCUAAAGUAGCGGCUUUUGCAAGGCAUCUAUUAAAUAGAAAAAUCGGGGUGGUGGUCGUUGGAUUUCCAGCUACUCCCCUCGCAGAAGCUCGGGCUCGGUUUUGUGUUUCAGCAGCACAUACCCGGGAGAUGCUAGACACGGUUUUGGAAAACCUGGAUGAAAUGGGUGAUCUCCUGCAACUGAAGUAUUCCCGGCACAAGAAGUCAGCGCGCCCUGAACUCUAUGAUGAGACAAGCUUUGAACUGGACGAUUAAGUCUCUUGGUCCUGAAUUGCACCUAAAGACUUUGCCAGAAAAACCUCCCUCCCUGCCUCAAAAGGAACAUAAAUGGAUUUCUCCCCCUUUCUAAGGACAAUUUUGGUUUCUGAACCAGCUGAAUUGAACUGAAGGAAAUGUCAUGUUUUUAAUGUCUCCAAUCCGGAACUGCAAAGACAAAAAUAUGGUUCCAGAUUUUAACUUUUCUCCUCAUCCAAGUAUCCUGCUACAAACACAUGCACACACACGCAUGCACACACGUGCACAUACACACACUCACACGUACACACACACACACACACACACUUCCUAGAACAUUUUUAAUGGCAAUGAGCCUGUGUUUUAGCUGCUACUGUGCAGCCUCUUUGGUCCAGACUCUUUCAGGCAUUCCAACCAAAUGAGAGGGUUUUGAUUUUUAAUUCAAUAGAUUCUCACUCCGUGUUUACUUAUUUCAUCUGCAGACAUGAGCAGAGGUGGUGGGCAGUAGCUGACCUCCUUGUUUCACCCAUGAAUGCCCCAGCUAGAACUCAUCUGUAUCAUGGGGAGCUCCAGGCAGGAGGGUAAAGAAAUAUUGCUUCUACCAUUUGCCACAUUUGGACUUUUUCCAAGGACAAGUGUCAAAAGCCAUAGUUAACGUUUGGAGGGAGAGAGCAGAAUCGGCCAGCAGUGACUAAAGACGUCUUUGAAGGAAACUUUCCUUUUCCUCUCGCUGGUCUCCUACAGUUUUACAGCUGAGCUUUUGAGGUUUGGAAAAUCCAAGACUUUUGUUUCGUAAGGAAGGGGGCAGAAAGCAAACACAGCCAAUUUUAGGCCUAGACUAAAACUGUAAUGUUAUAGCAACCGGAAGGUUGUCUGUGCCAUGUGGAGUGAAUGUUUAGCUUGCGAACAUAGCCCUUAUUACUUUAAGGAAUGAGUUGUCAUUUUCCUAUUAAAUUUUGAGUAAAUGGUGAGAUUCAAUUUCCUUUA